GGCAGUUCUCCCUUCUAGUUUCCUUUGAACUCUUUUCUUCUUCUAAAAAAAUUUAUCUUUUCUUCUUCUUAUUGGUUUAGCAAUGGAGUUGGGUUUGAGCCUUGGAGAUCAUCCUCCUUCCAAUUCCAAUAAGCCAUUUGGGUUUCUCUCUAAACCUCUUUCUUCUUCUUCUUCUUCAUCUCUCAUGGCUUUGGGAUUUUGUGUUGGUUUAAUCGGACAUCAUUCUACUUCUGCUUCCGCUUCCGCUUCGGUUCAUGAUGAUGAAGAAGAUGAAGAUGAAGAUGAAGAUGAUGAUAAUGAUCAGAAAACGGUUCUUCCCGGUUCAACUUCCGGUUUGGAUCCACCGGUUCAGCUCGAUCUUCUUCCUUUGGCUCCUGUUCCUCGUUCUUCUUCUUCUUCCCUUCCUUUUCCAUGGCUUUCUCAUCACUUGAUGGCGGAAGUGGAAAGUUCAGAGAGAGGAGAAAGGGUAGAGUUGGAUGUGAACAGGGUGGCGGCGGCGGCGGCGGAGGAGACAGAAGACAAGGCGGUGGCGGCGUUGUCGUCUCCGAACAGUACGGUGUCAUGUUUCCAAAUGGAAUUUGGAGUGAGAAAUGGAGGAGGAAUUAGAAGGAAGAGAUCAUGGGAAAUGGAAAUGGAAAUUACAGAAAGAGGAGGUUGUUCAAGAAUGAGUGACGAUGACGAUAAUAAUGCCUCUGCUGCUGCGGCGGCUGCUCGUAAAAAGCUCCGACUUUCUAAACAACAAUCUGCUUUUCUUGAAGAAAGCUUCAAAGAACAUACCACCCUCAAUCCUAAGCAGAAGCUAGCACUAGCCAAGCAGCUAAACCUCCGACCUAGGCAAGUGGAAGUAUGGUUUCAAAACAGAAGGGCAAGGACAAAGUUGAAGCAGACAGAAGUAGAUUGUGAGUAUUUAAGGAGAUGCUGUGAGACAUUGACAGAAGAGAACAGAAGAUUACAAAAAGAACUUCAAGAAUUAAGAGCUUUAAAAACUUCUCAGCCUUUUUAUAUGCAACUUCCAGCCACUACACUCACCAUGUGCCCCUCGUGCGAGCGCGUCGCCACUGCCACCGCCACUGCUACCACCACCGCUCCCACCGCCUCCGUUGCCCCUAAAACCACCACCCCCACCCCGUCAUCCGCUCUUUGCCUCGCCAACAAACCGAAGAUCUUGCCAUUUCCUCAUUUGCAUCAGGCUGCUUCAUGAGCAUCCAACGUCAUGAAUACAAAAAAGUUCAGUUUUUUAAGAGAAAAGAAAGAAAGAAUUUUUGUACAUAUUUCCUUUGAUGGGGUUGGAGCAAUGGUUUUGUUCUUUGGGGGAAAGUCUUUUUUUUUUUUUUUUCCUUUUCUUUUUUUGAUAUGCUUUUUUUCCAGCUUUGAGAUAUAUAUGAAUCUCUCUCCUAGUUUCUUCAUCAGUUCUUUGCUCUUGCAUGCAUGGUUGUAGGUUUUUUUUUCUUCUUUUGGGAUAUACAAAGUUUUAAAAGAGUUUAGGGAGAGAUUA